AUGAGAACUAUUGGAAAGAUUUUCGUUCUCUGCCUCGUGGCAUUGGCUACCGACGCUAAAAAGGUCAGAUUAUCCGAUCUCGCUAAACCAGCGAGUCUUGGCGAGUUCCCUUACCAGGUCGCCAUUCAUCUCAAUGGAAACUUCCACUGCGGAGGAGCUUUAAUCAGUAAAACUCACGUGCUGACCGCCGCUCACUGUGUCAAACCUAUGACCGAUAAUCCUUACACCUUAGCCCAAGGAGUAGUGGUUGAAGUUGGGUUGGUCAGACUAGGUUCCGGACAAAGUCAUAGCGUCGCAAGAGCAGCUUACCCCGGAGAUUAUAGCGAUUCUCCUUUUGAAUCACUAUUCAUCCCCAACGAUAUCGGUGUCCUCACUCUGCAAACCCCGGUCACAGAGUCUGCCAAUGUUAAAGUUAUCGCUCUGCCUUCAGCCGGAACGGUGGUACCCCCUGGCACCAAAGUCGUCAUCUCUGGUUUUGGUUCUAGCCAACCUCGUGGUCCAAUUUCGCCAAUAUUGAAGAAGGAUACUUUCAAGGUCAUCAGUAAGGAAGAGUGCAACCAAUAUUACCAAUCAAAAUUGAGGAGAACUAUUACAAGCUCUCAUAUUUGCGCCAAGAGCGGUCCUGGUUAUGGAACUUGCCAGGGUGACAGUGGUGGCCCACUCGUCUACAACAACCAGGUAGUCGGUGUCGUUUCUGGAGGAGACGGUGAAUGUAGUACAGGUAGCCCCGACGUUUACACCAAUGUUGCGAGCUACUUGGAUUUCAUCAAAGAGCAGAUGGAUGCCCCGGUCAGCAGUUCAUCUGGACAGGGUCAACAAGUGCUACCUCCGGCUGGAAAUCCCUUCCAACCACAGCUUCCAGGAGGAUGGGUCAUCCCAGGAUAUCCAGGAUUUCCAAUUUAUAAUCCCUACAAUCCCUAUCAACCACAAAUUAUUUACCAAUAAGAAUUGAAUUUAGAUUUGUAUUAUAUUUUUAUAUUGUUAUUCGUUGAAUAAAUUUGUUUUUUACCUUAAA